AAGAAGUGGCACAUUAAUGAAGCGCCUCUACAGGGGGCUUUUCUGCUCAUGUCACCACGUAAAACUAUCAGAUGGUUAGAGGAAGGACAUGGAGGCAGCUACUUAGCUCAUCUUAUCAAGAAAGGGAGAGGAGAUCUGCUCCAUUCAGCUUGUGGGAAAAAAGAAGCUUACUGCCGCUUGCUUAAGUAAAGAUCACAGCUCAUCUAAGAAAAAGCAGACUGUUUUCUUAGGACGCCUUACAAGACCUACAGCCUUGGAGCGGUGGACGCAUUUCCCUGUAAACAGUGCAUCGACUGCUUACACUGAGAACUUUCAACAACUUUAAACUUGGGCAAACCGGUUUUGUGAUAUUUUUACAAAUAAAUUAUAUUUGGAUGCACCAAGCUUAUUGUGCUAGUGCCCAGAUAUUAACACCGAAGACGCAGAAUACUGAUUUUUAAAGAGUUUUCGGAAAGGUGAAAGGCUUUCAGACCUGACACUUGGAGGAGGAACGCUGCCUUGAAACCAGAAUUUCCCCUCUACAUUUUGCGAAGAAGAAGAAAAACAUUCUGCAAAGAUGCCUCGACCGGGGAGAAACACUUACAGCGACCAGAAGCCACCGUACUCCUACAUCUCGCUCACUGCCAUGGCUAUCCAGAGCUGUCCGGAAAAGAUGCUUCCUCUUAGCGAGAUAUACAAGUUUAUCAUGGACAGAUUUCCGUAUUACAGGGAGAACACUCAGCGGUGGCAGAACUCUCUGCGGCACAACCUCUCUUUCAACGACUGUUUUAUCAAAAUCCCACGGCGACCGGACCAGCCUGGAAAGGGAAGUUUCUGGGCGCUUCAUCCCAGCUGUGGGGACAUGUUUGAGAAUGGCAGUUUCUUGCGGCGCCGCAAACGCUUCAAGGUGAUGAUGACAUCAGACCACUUGGCGCCCAGCAAGCCCUCGGACGCUGCCCAUUACCUCCAACAACAAGCUAAACUCAGGCUCAGCGCCCUGGCAGCUUCCGGUACGCACCUUCCCCAGAUGCCCAGCUACAACUUGGGAGUGUCGCAGCCGUCAACUUUCAAGCACCCCUUUGCCAUCGAGAACAUCAUUGCCAGAGAAUACAAGAUGCCAGGCGGGCUUGCGUUUUCCACCAUGCAGUCCAUGUCUGCCGGCUACCCUCUGCACAACCAGCUAACCACGGCAUGGCCCCACAUGUAUAGCACCAGCGUGAUAGACACGGCAGCACCCAUUUCCAUGGCUAGCAGUGAUUAUAGCGCUUAUGGCGUGCCUAUAAAGUCUCUUUGCCAUGGUGGACAGACGUUACCGGCCAUCCCGGUGCCAAUAAAGCCCACGCCGGCCUCGGUUCCAGGUCUUUCGGCGCUCCCAGCACACAUCCCGGCUUUCCUGUCGAACUCUCCUCAGUCUCUCAGCCCUACUUCUCCUCAGACAGCUACCAGCCAAAGCAGCCCGGCCACCCCGAGCGAGACGUUGACUAGCCCCUCCGCGCUGCAGUCUGUGGCUGUGCACUGACAAGGGCAAGUUUCCGGGACCUGAAAAUUAGGCCUCCAGGUUUUUAUCAAGUCCAAAGUUUUAUUUUUAUCCUCGCCCAUGAAAACUAACACCGAACAAGUAACGUCUACAAUCGUCAAGGCAAGAGAUUUGUGGUUUGCAGUAAUGUUUAUUUAUGUAUACGUAUUUUAAACUGUGUGUUGCUUUGGAUGUUGUCUUAUCACAUGGGUUGAGUACAGUUAAUAGUGACAAUGUUUUUUCAAGGCACAAGUUAUUUAAUUGUUUUUACUGUUCUGCAGGUAUAUUAAAUUGUGUGGUCAUUUUGAAGGAGUGGUUGCUAACACGUUGAAUUACUGCGUGCAGUUUCUUCUGUCUCCUGGAUUUGGCGUGAACAAGUAUUAAUUUACUGUACUGUUGCCCGUAUGGUUUGAAGAUGUUUUACGGGCAACCGAAGAAAAUCAUUUCAAUUGCAAAUCGAAUCAUAGUUCUAAGGGAAUGUAUUUCCGUUCGUCAUUAUUGUUGAGAAUAAUUAAUAAUUUAAAUAUGAAUGAACUUUGUUUAUUCAUUAGGCUAAUGACCUACAAAUGUAUUCCCUUGUUGUUCACUGUUGACAUGAAUCUAACACACAGAAUUUGUGUUAUUUAAAAUAUGAACUGCAAAACACAAAUGUUUUAUUGAGCAUUCGUUAAGGUUGAUCAAUUAAAUGAGCAUUUGUGCAAAAUGAUAUAUUAACAAACUUUUAAAGCCCUUGGGAUGCUCGUUGCAUUUGGUAUACCAAAUACCUAGUUAUUAGAUAUAUUGUUAUUGAUUAUAAAAUAAGGAACAAUCACAUAUAACAUUUUUUAAACAUUCAAACUUGAAAUAUAGUGAUUUAAAGGGUACGAAGGGUGCUCGAUACAUUGGAAAUAACAAUGUAAAUUAUUGCAAAUAAGUAAAAUUAAAAAUGUGUAAAAUGCACUUUUUAGUUAGAUGUUUAGAUUAUUUGUAGUUUGCAGAAGAAAUGUUGUUCUGUGAACCACUUAAUUUAAAGCAGUGGUGACCAUGUGUAAUAAAUGCUGUAAAUUUGUACGUUUUCUGUAUAGAUAAAGCAUGCUAUUUCCCAACUUUGUGUUGUUCUUGCUGCAAGCAUGCGUGCUUUUAAAAAGUGUGCGAAGUGUCUGCAUUAAAUUAUAAACUUGGUCAUCAAAUAUUUUCUCAUUAAAAGUUACCUAAACUUCCAA